UUGCCACCUGCUAACAAGCCAGCUGUAGCCGCCAACCAUCGCUGGGGCCGUUUAUUGUGUCUGAAGGUGCCUAGUCACAACAACUCAACCCAGAAAGGGACCUCUACCCACCCGGGCAAAUGGUUUUGAAAAGCACCAUAGCGGCCAGUUGCUAUCUCGGACGCUCAACUCCUUGUCGACCGCAUUCAGUCCUGUGUGAUCAUCCCUUCGGAAGCUUACGCUUGUCGGCCUUCCGAACAUGGCCGGCAACGUUGAUGUUCAUUCCCGCUGGGUGAAUGCUCUCCGAACCCAGGCAAAGACCACCGAAACAUUCCCUUCAGAGCCCUUGCCCUGUCCCUAUUGCAAUCAUCCAGGUAGGAUCUUCCAGUCAGCCGAUCAAGUAUUCGAUCAUGCAAAGGCCGACCACGCAUCCCUUCUCCAGGCUAUGGAUCCCAACCAGGCACGUGCCCGAGUGGUAAAGGACGCGGUCGAAAAGGCGAAUGCUGGAGCAGAUCGCUCAUCAGAAGCCACGGCAGGUGGCGGUUCAACCCCAGAUCUAGGCGCACUCUCUCUCAAUCCUGUGUCUGGUCGAGAUUCUUUGUACUCAUCGAAAAAGAGGCCCGCUGAAUCCGAUUUCCAGGCUCGUCGUGGCAAAAAUCCCGGCCCCGUCCAGAUCCUGGACCCCGAUUAUUCAAGAGAUUUGCCCUACAACAUAACCUCGGAUCGAACGACCCGAUCCAAACAUGUGGACCCCCGCCUCUUCGAUCCCAAGCAAGGCGCCAAAGGUACUGUUUCUCCCUAUCGAUCAACUCCAGAGCCCUCUAGUGAAUGGUCAGUCGAGGCGAAUAGGAGCCAGCUCCAUUUCAAAAAGGGCGCAUCAAGCCCAAACCGCCAGCCCUUUCCAAAAGGUUCGACUCCUAAGUCAUCCCCCAAACAGCAUACAGGCCAUACCCAACAUCGUCAACGUGGACUCAUUGAACUCCAAAAGUCGGAUCCCCGGUUUCCAGAUCUGCUCUUACAACCAGAUUCCCGCCCAAUCUCACAAGAACAGCUCGCCUCCGAAGUGAAAUCCAUCUAUGCGGGACUGACAAUGGUUGAGAAUAAAUGCGUUGAAGUCAACGAGAAGGAGAAACAACGGCUUAAUGACGCAGAUGGAAAGCCCCUGUCCAAUCUUGCUUGUGAUCAAUGGCAAGCCCUCAUUGCGCUGCAUAGGACUUUGUUGCAUGAGCAUCACGACUUUUUCUUAGCCUCCCAACACCCUUCUGCCUCGUCUGCACUGCGUCGCCUACCUGCCAAGUACUCAAUGCCAGCUCGCAUGUGGAAACACGGAAUCCAUCAGUUCCUAGAGUUGCUUCGACUAAGGCUACCCGAAAGCCUGGAUUAUAUGCUCGCAUUCAUCUAUCUAGCCUACCAAAUGGUGGCUCUGCUAUAUGAGACUGUCCCGGCUUUUGAGGAUACCUGGAUUGAGUGCCUCGGUGAUCUCGGUCGUUAUCGGAUGGCUGUCGAAGACGAGGACCUUCGGGACCGGGAGACGUGGGCCGGUGUGGCCAGGUCAUGGUACAGCAAGGCUGCAGAUAAGAAUCCAUCUAUCGGCAGGCUGUAUCAUCACCUGGCCAUUCUUGCUAGGCCCAACGCUCUUCAGCAGCUGGCUUACUACUGCAGAUCUCUCACUUGUGUUGUUCCGUUUGAUAGUGCUCGGGAAUCCAUAUUGACCUUGCUAAACCCUGUACUGGACCGUAAUCCUGCAGCCUUCUCCCAAGGACUGCCCAUUGACAUCCGGUUCAUUCAGGCGCACGCGAUUCUCUUCAAGAAGUUGUCCCCAGAGGAUUUUGAAGAUGCUCGGCAGGCCUUUCAGAGCCAAUUAGAUAAUCACAUCAAUCGCGUUACAGCAAAGUGGAAGGAACAGGGGGUUUUUAUUGGGAUCACUAACAUUGCAGGACUCUUCGAUUAUGGCUCAAACGAAUCCAUUCUACGUGAAAUUGUAGUCUCUCACUAUAGGCGAACCCCUCAAAGACUCAGCCAAUCCUCUGAGUUAAGCAAAGCAGAUAACGAGGCCAGCGAAGUUAUUCAGCCUGGGGAGGAUUCAGUUGACGUGAAUUUGCUGCAGAAACUUGAAUCCCUCUCUUCUGAAUUCACCUUCUCAAGAGCAUACCAUCUAACUAUGUCAACCAUGGAGAUGGUUUGUCGGCGCAUCGGCGACAAAAAUGUGCUACCCCACAUCCAUGUCGUCAUGUCUUUCUUGUCUGCUAUCUCUUCAAUUUCCAGCAUUGCGCACUUUCUCAACGACGCACCCUGGGCGGAGCUCGUCACCUCACUGAAUGAGCUGUUAAAGGCGGAACAAGCGGAACAAGUGCUUCCUAGUCCCAUGUUUCCACCCGAUCAAGUCGACUCUGUUCCACUACCAGAAGAUUAUACAAUUCGCGGACAAGUCUGGAGCCAAUCAUACUUUCCUAGUGAUUGGUUUGCCCGAGAACACGACGAAGAAGAUCGUCCUGUUGAACUUGCCUCAACCAUCAGAUCAAGAAUCGAACGCAUUUUGCGCAUUGCGUAUCAAAUCUCUACUUUCAAUCGUUGGAUCUCGUAUGAUGCACACAGUCAUAAAUUCUCUGUCCUUAUUUCCGGCCAGUCGUCAUGAAACGGACAUACUAUCACUCGUUGCCAUGAACCCUAUUCAGAUGACAUGAUCUUAAACCAAUCCAAAACACCACCCUGGGGUCCACGCCACUCGAUAAACGAGCUUUUACCCCGAAGUAACAAAUUUAGUCUCGUCCGCAAGUCAGGGGCGAUGAGGAGAGCCAUUGCUUGAAGAUUGAGAGCUCACCAAGACUGAUUCAUUUCAACAUAUUCGGGCAGAAGGAUUUGAGAUUGCACAGUGUAUACUUUUAACACUGCAAUCUGUUG